AUGCCACACUGCUCCUCUCCCAUCCAUUCUUCUCAAGCUAACCCACAAGACGUGCUAACAUGUCUCUGGUCCGACUGUUCGCUCAUCCCCGCGCCGCUAGAUACAUCCGGAACAGACAAUGCUGGCUUGUGCGCCCUGGCAAGCCACCUCUUCCAUGACCACCUCCACCUCCCCAGCGAAGCAACCGCAGACAUAUUCAACCUCAACCCACCGCUCUCCCCAUCAUCUGCAAGCGUCCCAACCCCAGUCACCCAAACGCUCAGCCCGCCCAGCCGAGACUCGCCUACUCCGUCCGCGUUGACACAUACCCCUUACAUUCACACAAGGAAAGGAAAAGGCCAGCCCCGCGCCCGACAGCCAGACACAUACAUGUCACUGGGCCGGAUGUUCCGAGUCUUUCCCAACCAGCGCAGCCCUCACCGAUCACCUCUCAUCGGUGCACGUUGGGCGCGGAAAGCCGCAUACGACUGUUUCUGGGCCGACUGCACCCGCCACGGCGAAAAAAACGGGUGCGAGGUGUGCGGAGUCGAUUUCUCCGAGGCUGCGACCCUGCAGCAGCACAUGCGUAGGCACACCCAAGAGAAACCUUAUGUGUGCGAUUUUCCCGGAUGCGGCAAGGCCUUUGCCAUUACGGGUGCGUUGACCAUCCACAAACGUACACACAAUGGGGAUAAGCCCUUUAAAUGCAAGUACUGCGAUCGGGCAUUUUCUGAAUCCUCGAAUCUUUCCAAACAUCUACGAACACAUACUGGCCAGCGGCCAUACGCAUGCCCUGAACCCGGAUGUGGGAAGAAAUUCUCGAGACCGGAUCAGGUUACACGACACAGACAUGUGCACCAAAAAAAGGGCAAGGAAGAUGCCAAGGAAAAGGAGGUUGAUGAGAUGGGUAUAGACGUGGGCGAAGAUUAA